AUGGGCACCCUGGAGCCCCUCCCAAGAUUAAGAGCUUUCUCGGGCUCACUCCUGAGCCUGCUCAUCUUGUUUUUCCCCCCAGCCAGCUUCCGCCUCCCAGACCUCCAGUUCCUCCCAGUGAACUGUGGGGCUUGUGACCUCUCUGCCUCUCCUAUGACAGGAAGGGCCAGUCAGUGUCUAGGUGACCCCAACUUAACAGCAUCUGUGACUGUCCAGUGCUGUGGGUUUCCCCAGCUGAACUGGGUGUCCACUGUGGUCAGCAUGGUAAAGAUCCUCAUUUCCUUGGUGGAGAGUAUUCCUAUUAGCCUCUUUACACUGGAGACAGUAUUUUUGCUAUGA